CCCCGCCCCUGUCUCGGGUAGGCAGUCUCGGAGCGCCGUCGCUGUCCCUGGGUACCGAAUGUGAGUGAUCUGAACCCGCAUAGGACUGUUGCUGCUCUCUGUUGUCCAAACCCGGAGCCUUUUGGCAGUAAAGUCGCUCACCGCUUCUGGGGCCUACCAUGAGACGCUUGGGCUCUGUGCAGCGGAAAAUGCCGUGUGUGUUUGUGACGGAGGUGAAAGAUGAGCCUUCCGCCAAAAGGGAGCAUCAGCCAUUUAAAGUUUUGGCAACUGAAACUGUAAGUCACAAGGCAUUAGAUGCAGAUAUAUACAGUGCAAUUCCAACAGAAAAAGUGGAUGGAACAUGUUGUUAUGUUACUACCUACAAAGAUCAGCCAUAUCUUUGGGCUCGACUAGAUAGAAAACCCAACAAAAAAGCUGACAAAAGAUUUAAAAAUUUUCUACAUUCCAAAGAAAACUCAAAAGAAUUUCUUUGGAAUGUUGAGGAGGAUUUCAAACCUGUUCCAGAGUGCUGGAUACCAGCAAAGGAAAUAGAACAAUUAAAUGGAAAUCCAGUACCUGAUGAAAAUGGACACAUUCCUGGUUGGGUACCGGUGGAGAAAAACAACAAACAGUAUUGCUGGCAUUCCUCUGUAGUUAAUUAUGAAUUUGAAAUUGCUCUGGUACUAAAGCAUCAUCCGGAUGAUCCUGGACUUUUGGAAAUUAGUGCAGUGCCACUGUCGGAUCUCUUAGAACAAACAUUGGAGCUUAUAGGAACAAAUAUCAAUGGAAACCCCUAUGGGUUAGGAAACAAGAAACAACCAUUGCAUCUUCUUGUACCACAUGGAGCAUUUCAAAUAAGAAAUUUGCCUACAUUGAAGCACAGUGAUCUGUUGUCCUGGUUUGAAGGUUGCGAAGAGGGUAAAAUUGAAGGAAUAGUAUGGCAUUGCCAUGAUGGCUGCUUAAUUAAGGUUCAUCGCCAUCAUCUUGGUUUAUGCUGGCCAAUUCCAGAUACUUAUAUUAAUUCAAAACCUGUUAUUAUCAACAUGAACCUGAACAAAUAUGACUAUGCCUUUGAUGAUACGAAGUGUUUGUUUAGUCAUUUUUCAAAAAUAAAUAAUCAAAAAUUUGGUAGGCUCAAAGACAUAAUAUUUGAUGUAUAAAAUGAAAAUGUAAUUAAAAUUACCUUUGUAUGUUCAAAUCUUGAAUAUUCUGCCAUGUUAAAAGGUAAAACUGAGAUUUACUGUUGUGUACUAUGAAACAUCAGUGUCUUCUGGCAUUUGAAGAAAUUAAUUUUCCAUUUGGAAAUACCUAUUCAAAUUUUUAUUUAGAAUCAACACAUUAAUUUUAACCUCUGGGCAUAAAAAUGUAAAAAUGAACAGUAUGCUCCCCAAGCUUGUAUAACUUGAUUCUGUCCAAUGUAACUGGGUGGUUAAAUUUAAAGGCAACAAUUAAACCAGUAAUUUUUUUUUUUUUUAUCAAUACUUUAAAUACCUUGAGCUCAAUUUAAUCUUCCUAGACAUUUAACAAAAUGUAUGUUUUAAUCUUAUAACUUAAUGGUUGUAUGUACAGAUCAUAGUAUUUGACAAUCUUAAAUAACUGUUAAAUAUGUAUAAAUUCAAAAAUAUAUUUUUCUAAUAAGUUGAAAAUUUUCUAUAAUUUACUAAAACUUCCAAUUUAAGUAAAAGUAGAACAUAUUGAGAAGGAAAGUCUUUAGUUCACGGAUUUGCUUGAUUACAGAUGAAACUUAUAUAAUUAAUCAAAAGCUAAAUACAUUAACAUGAGGCCUUCAAUAAAUGGGGAAAUUAACAGGACUUUCUUCGUCUUCAGACUGUUCAGAAGAAGUAGCAACAGGGCUACUUAAUUCAACUCCAAAUUGUUCAGAAAGUUUUUUUAACUUCUCUUCUAAGAGAAUAUUUUUUUUCACUUCUUCUUUGUAAUUAUACUUAAGAUCUUCAAUUUCUUCAAAAAAUGAAGGGUCAAAAUUUUCCAAUUCUUUUUUCAGCUUUUUUAUUUCCUCCUAAUAGAAGAAACAUAUUAACUUUAAAAGCUGCACAUAGAAGAAAGAGCAUGUUUUAGGUUUGAACUGAAGAGAUUUAACUUAUAAACAUGAAAGCUAAAAUAACUUGAAGUCAAAUAGAGUUACAAAGGCAGAAGUAUUUUCAUAAGAUUUGUUAAUAGGGUUUUACUGUACAGUAUGAAGAACUUGUUAACUGCCAAAUUAAAUGAUAUAUUCUGAAAUUAUGUACUAGCCUUUAAUUAAAAUUUAUUAACUCUCGAGAAUAUGAAAUUUAAUCUUUCCUUAAAAGCACAUCAAUAAGUCAAUCAAAAUGAACUUUGGUAUUCACAACAUUGAAUUUGUUCUGGUUAAGAUUUUUGUUUUAUGCUUCAUUACAAUAUCUACUUUUUAAUGAAUAAUAACCAACUUCUUAUAAGCAUAUUUAUGAUCAGAGAAACUUUGGGACUUCUCCUUGGCUAAGUUAGGCAUCUGGUGAAGAGAUAAAUUGAGUCUUAUUGGCUAUUUAGAAGAGGCAGUGAUAACCAGAUAAUUAUCCAUGCCCUUUUUUUCUGUUUACAGAAUCUUAAAGUAUGUAAAGCAUAAAAAAUUUUUUAAGUGAACUAUAACUUUAUGGAAAGGUUUCUAAAAAGAAUUUAAAAAGGUACUUAAAGACACUGUUCCAAAUGUGACAUAAAAUAUAAUAUCUUAAAAAAUAUAAAGAGCUAGAUUUGUUAUAACUACUAAAUAAAUUUACUUUCUAAUCCUU